CCCGCCUCCAGCGGGGCGGCCCCCGGCUUAUUCCACUCGCGAGAAGCACCGCGCCGAGCCCGCCACCAACGCCGCUGAGGGAUGCUGCGCUCCACGUCCACAGUCACGCUGCUCUCGAGCGGCGGCUCCAGCGCUCCCGGGGCGCCCAACAGGAGGGCAAAUGUCUGCAGACUACGGCUGACCGUACCUCCUGAAAGUCCAGUGUCUGAGCCAAGUGAAAAGAAGGUUGAAAGAAGAGAGAAGUAUCGUGACCUGAGCAAUGAUGAACCCACCAUGAAACUCCCUCAGGGUGUUGUCUAUGGUGUGGUGCGAAGAUCAGAUCAAAACCAGCAGAAAGAAAUGGUGGUGUAUGGGUGGACCACCAAUCAGCUGAAAGAAGAGAUGAACUACAUCAAAGACGUAAGAGCCACUUUGGAAAAUGUAAGGAAGCGAAUGUACGGAGACUAUGAUGAAAUGAGACAGAAGAUUCGACAGCUCACCCAGGAACUGUCAGUUUCACAGGCUCAGCAGGAGUAUCAGCAGAAUUACAUCCAAACCCAGUCGUCAGCCCUGGACAGUUUUAAUACCAUGAACUCAGCUUUGGUGUCGGACUCCAUCGGCCUGCAGAAAACCCUUGUGGAUGUUACUUUGGAGAAUAGCAACAUUAAGGAACAAAUCAGAAAUCUGCAGCAGACACAUGAAGCCUCCAUGGACAAGCUGCGGGAAAAGCAGAGGCAGUUAGAGGUAGCACAAGUGGAAAACCAGCUGCUGAAAAUGAAGGUGGAAUCCUCCCAAGAAGCCAACGCGGAGGUGAUGAGAGAGAUGACCAGGAAGCUGUACAGCCAGUACGAAGAAAGGCUGCACGAAGAGCAGCAGAGGCACAGUGCCGAGAAAGAGGCGCUCCUGGUAGAAACCAAUAGUUUUCUGAAAGCCAUUGAAGAAGCCAAUAAAAAGAUGCAAGUGGCAGAGACCAGCCUAGAGGAGAAGGACCAGAGGAUCGGGGAGCUGGACAGGCUGAUUGAGCGCAUGGAGAAGGAACGCCAUCAACUUCAACUCCAGCUCCUGGAGCAUGAAACAGAAAUGUCAAUGGAAAUUACCAAUUCUGACAAAGAAAGGUAUCAGCGGCUGGAGGAGGCGUCAGCCAGCCUCCGGGAGCGGAUCCGACACCUAGAUGACAUGGUGCAUUGCCAGCAGAAGAAAGUCAAGCAGAUGGUUGAGGAGAAUAAUGAACUACAAAGCAGGUUGGACUAUUUAAUAGAAACCCAGCGCAAGACUGAAGUGGAAACCAGAGAGGUUGGAGUGGGCUGUGAUCUUCUACCCAGGAUCCAUCUUAGCACUUUAACUACCUGGGUCAAUCAGCAGAGGAAAUGAAAACUACGUAUCCACAUUUCCGAAAAGGCAGAGUAAUAUUUCAUUUGUUUCCUCACGAAUAUUUAUGAAGUGCCUACUAUGUGACAGACGCCGUGCACGUCUGGGUGGCGAGGAGCACAGCAUCUUGAGAGGUGAUUCAGGGCAGUGGUUUUCCACCUGUGCUUUUUGGAACUGCGUGCUGUGUGCUAGGGCGCCGGGAGGGGCCUCCAGGGGUGAGGAGGUGAGCAAGGAGCUGGCCUGUGGGGACCGUCCCCCCUCAAAAAAAAACAACCUGACAAACUUAGCUUUUAGUGUGUUUUUUAUGUUAGAUUCCAAGUAAGAUUUUGCUUGAAUAAAAGAGCUCUGUGGUCAAAAUCAAAUUGGAACCCCCGAUCUAGUUUAAUCUCCCUGUUUUAUAGACACCAAAAUCGAGGCCCAGAGAGAUAAAGGGAUUCCCUAGAAGCCACACAGCCAGGAUUUGAACCAUACCUUUGCAGUCCUGGUAUGGUACAUCUGUAGUUUUAAAAUACGCAAUAGAGCUGCUAAAUUGUGUCACGUCUGUUCUAAUACAAUUCCUGGUUCUCACUUGGACUUCAAACUUGCAUCUAACUAAUAAAAAGAUUCCAUGGUGUUUUCCAGAAUAUUUUAAAAACAGUCUCCAGAAAAGUAAUGAAUUAAGCCUCAGUUAUGCAGAUGAGUUUUGUUCUUACUCCCUGUUCUCCUGCAGAGAACUUGGCAGUGCAGUCCAGUUGGGAAGGCUCAGGCUGUGGGUUCCCUGCCCAGUCAGCUGCUGGGCAAGUUACUCAAUCUCUCUUAAACCUCUGUGAUUUCAUCCUUAAAAUGGGAAUGAAGAUGACAAUAUCAAAUUUUAUAGGGUUGUGAAGAGGAUUAAAUGAAAACAUGUAUAUAAAGCAUUUAGCAAGGUAAUUGGACCGAAGUUAGGAACUUAAUAAAUAAUAGCUAGUAUCCCUAUUAUCCAAAUCAAAACUCUGAUUUUACAUGUAAGACACUGGAUCAAGUAUUUUUUAAAAAUUUUAUUGGAGUAUAGUUGAUUUACAAUGUUGUGUUAAUUUCAGGUGUACAGCAAAGUGAUUCAGUUAUAU